AUGGGGUGGGAGGCGCGGUACGGCGUGGCGGUGGGCACGGCGAGGGGGCUGGAGUACCUGCACAAGGGCUGCCGGCGGCGGAUCAUCCACCGGGACAUCAAGGCCUCCAACGUGCUGCUCACCGACGACUUCCAGCCCCAGAUCUCCGACUUCGGGCUGGCCAAGUGGCUGCCGACGGAGUGGACGCACCGGGCGAUCGCGCCGAUCGAGGGCACCUUCGGGUGCCUGGCGCCCGAGUACUACACGCGCGGCAUCGUGGACGAGAAGACGGACGUGUUCGCCUUCGGCGUCUUCCUGCUGGAGCUCAUGGCCGGCCGCAAGCCGGUGGACGGCACCCACAGGAGCCUCCUCGGCUGGGUGGGCACCCAACCGACCGACCAAACAUUUUUGGCCCUAGGCCGUUGUACCAGCCUCCGUUCCACGGCGAGGCCCCUGCUGAGCGAGGGCAAGACGGAGGCGCUGCUGGACCCGAGGAUCCUCGCCGGCGGCAAUGGCGGCUACGACGCCGAGCAGGCCCGGCGGCUGGCGUUCGUGGCGUCGCUCUGCGUCCGCGCGUCGGCGACGUGGAGGCCGUCCAUGACAGAGGUCCUGGACCUGCUGGAGGGCGCGGAGACCACGGAGGAGCGGUGGGCGAUGCCGGAGCCGGCGGCCGGGGACGACGAGGGGGAGGAAAUGUGGGGCUUCGACGACCUCGACGACUACGAGGAGGAAUCCGGCACGCCGUCCCCUUUGUCAACGUCCUCGGCCUCGAGCGCUUAG